UUCAUUAGUCAGGUUUUCAAACAGCACCAGGACUCAGGGUUUUUUUUCCCGAAUAUCGUAUAGCAGCCUGCGCGCGCGAUAGGAAUUGGUGAAGGUCACAAGUGCACAAAGUUUAGGCAGAAAAGACAUGACCAUUUUCUCAUUCCAGUGCGUUUCGUGGCUCGUAUUAUUAAGCUUCACUGGUCUGUUCGUCGCUGCUCUGGAGGAAGAAAACUUCUCCAACGGAGUCUUUGGUAAUUUCCUGGAGGAUCUAAGGGACCUGUCAGAUGUCAACAAAGCCAAUGUCAAGUUUUCUCUGAGAAACCCGUCCCAACCAGAUGACGAUGUGUGUUACAUUGUACGUGGCAAACCAGAGACCCUCAACAUCUGUGACUUCAACAACACUUCGAAAACCUUUCUAGUCAUUCACGGGUGGACGGUAAGUGGACUAUUCGAGAGCUGGGUUGAGAAACUGGUUGCUGCCCUUUAUGACAGGGAGAAAACCGCUAAUGUCAUUAUCGUGGACUGGUUGGACAUGGCACAGAACCAUUAUGCGGUGGCAGCACAAAACACUAAGAUGGUGGGACAAGAGAUCGGACUCUUCAUAGACUGGCUGGAGGAGACUAUCAACGUUCCUCUGGAGAAGUUGCACCUCAUUGGCUACAGUCUUGGCGCCCACGUUGCGGGUUUUGCAGGAAGUCAUGCAACGAACAAAGUUGGAAGAAUCACAGGUCUUGACCCUGCUGGGCCGGACUUUGAAGGGGUCCAUGCCCACAGACGGCUGUCCCCAGAUGAUGCCCAUUUUGUAGAUGUCCUCCACACAUUCACCCGAGGUUCCCUGGGUCUCAGUAUCGGUAUCAAGCAGCCGGUCGGCCAUGUAGAUAUAUACCCCAAUGGAGGAAGCUUCCAGCCUGGCUGCAAUUUGAGAGGAGCUCUGGAGAAAAUUGCCAGUUAUGGAAUACUUGCCAUGAAUAAUGCCAUCAGAUGCGAGCACGAGAGGUCCAUCCACCUGUACAUCGACUCCCUGCUGAACGAGGAAGAAGCUAGCAGGGCGUACAGCUGCGGGAGCAAUGACAUGUUCGACCGCGGCAUGUGCCUCCAAUGUCGCAAGAACCGCUGCAACACUGUGGGCUACAAAGUCAGCAAAGUCCGCAAGGCACGAAGCGUUAAGAUGUUCACCAGGACACGAGGCUCCAUGCCAUUCAGAGUUUUUCACUAUCAGCUGAAAGUCAACUUCCUUGGAAAAAUAAAUCAAUUAGAGACGGAACCAGUCCUGACUGUCUCACUUUACGGUACCAAUGGUGAAGCAGAAGAUCUCAAGUUAAAUGUCAGACAGGAGAAGAUCACCACCAAUAAGACUCAUUCGUUCCUCGUUAUAACCGAGAAGGACAUUGGAGAUCUUCUGAUGCUGAAGUGUAAAUGGGAGGAGUCCACUUCCUCUUUACUCACUCUGAUCUCCUCGUGGUGGUAUGGAGAUUCCACAAAUUUUGACGUACAGAUCCAUAAAGUCCGAGUCAGAGCUGGGGAGACACAAAAAAAAAUUGUGUUGUGUUUAAAAGAUCACCAAACAGGAAGUUCAGUUCAAGAAGUUGUAUUUGUGAAAUGCAGGGAACCAUGGAGGUCUUUAUCUAAAAGGCCUAAAUUGAAGAGCCAAUGAAAUGAUUUGCAAGAGAUUGUGAUGAAGCACUUCAACAAAUGUAUUUAGAUGUUAUUUAUUAAGACUGCAACUGCACUGUAUUGAAUAAUGUAUUGCUAUGAAUGUGAUUCAUGCAAAUGGAUUGUGGACUUUUGUACUAUCAUAUGGAAUAGGCUUAAAAAGCCUUGAAAUGUGAUUGAUUUCAUUGAAUAGCAGUGGAUUUAUAUUUGAAUG